AUGGUGGAUUCAGGGAAAGAGAUCGAACCCAGAUGUUAUCACUGCGCAGGCCCUCUUACUAAAAAUCUGGAAACCAACGAAUGGACUGUGGCUCCGUUCAUCAGAGAUAGCUUCUCUAUGAUUGGAUCAGCUGUAGGUGGUACGGCAAGUGCUUUCAUUGGAUUUAACCAUGUUAUGCCGAUUGUGCGCAAGUGGAUAAAAGGACCCAUGUGGUUGCAUUUUCUUGUUGGUGCUCCACCUGUGAUAGUUGUUUCAUCAGCCUGCGCUGGACUUGCAGGUGGCGCUAUACCGGCGUUGGCACAGCUUGCGUCGUCGUCAUACAAUGCGGCUCUUCAUUCAUCUCAGCCACCACAAGGGAAAGAGAAGAACACCAUACAUAAGUCCUCUACCAUUUCUCCUUUGUAA